AUGGGCAUGAGCCACACCGUCAAAUGCGUCUUCCGCCUGACGUUCCUGCUCAAGCGAGCCGAGCGCUCAUUACACCAAAAGGGCAAAGCAGUCGAUCACAGCCAUCCCACUGUGCCCUCCCUCCCCCUACCCAACUGCGAAUGCUCAGAGCUCGGACUCGGACCGCUCUGCAAGGAGACGGGAAUGCACGACUACGACCACGAUACCAUCUCUAACACCGACACCGACACCGACACAUCCAGCGUCUUGAACCCUGAUCUGGCGGUGAGGGCGCACGCCGCAGACACAGACACAGACACAGACGCAGACGCAGACGCAGGUAGCGGCAGCAGCAGCAGCAGCAGUAACCGUAACCGUAACGGUAACCGGAAACGCCUCGUCCGCCUCGUUAGCUUCAAGAGCAUCGCGCACGACCGCACGCGGUGGUCCUCAUCGCAGGAGCGCGAGCUUGCGAUUGCGGAGCACGAGCUGGCGCGGUGUCAGAAGGCUUGGAGUUCGGAGCAGGAGCUGUGGUUGGAAUAUUCUAGACUUUCUAUUCCUGGUCGAUACCACCAUACCUCUGAUCGUAUAUCAAUUCCCGUCCCGCCAUCGGGGAUUCCUUUCCUCGCCGGCUCGGUUCGCCAUGCGCGCGCAAUGUCGGUAACAACGUCCCUUUGGUGGCCCGAAGAUCGAAUCCAAGCCACUCUAUGUCCGGAGUAUGUCUUUGGACAUCUUCCCUCCAAUCUUUUGCCACGUCUAGUGGCCCCUUUGCCCUGGGGAGAGGGUCUUACCAGUGAGACGUAUCUCGAAUGGAUCCUCCACAAGGCCGGCAGACUCUUUUUGAUCCUAGUCGACAUCGGCAUCCCUGAGCGUAUUUUCUCCCUGGUUGACGAGUCGUUCGAUGACGCAGACUUGCCAAUUGCAGCCCACAGCGUCGAUCGUCUGAAGCUCUCCCUUGACGAUGAGAAUCCGGCCCUAGAUGCCAAGUUCUUCCACGCCCAGUGGCGUUUCCUCGUUCGAGGGAUUAGUCAAGGUGAUCAUAUCAAGUAUACCGAGAAUGAAGGCGUUCCUGUCGAAUUGCUACGCAGUGAGACGGCGCUUGCGCGAGAAGGGGUGGAAAAGGUCAUUCUGGCUGGCGCGGUCUGCCGGGUAUAUCUGCGGACCCAGGUCACCGUCGGAGGCGCGCCGCAUUUCUUUGAAGAAGAGGAGGUUUUGGACGAGAUUCGCUCCCUGCGACGGUUAUCUCACGAUCAUGUCUUUUCCAUUUACGCUUCUUAUUUUGUUGAUGAUACCAUGUGCAUUCUGUUUUCCGGUAUAUACGAUCGUACCCUGAUGUCUUUUCUCACCGAUGUACCUCAACCUUUCAAACGCUUGCCCAAGAAUCGGCGCCGCGAGAUCCUCAUCAAUUGGCCGCACCGCCUAGUUGACGGGCUGUCGUGGUUGCAUGCUCAUAGCCAAGUCCAUGGCGCCAUUCGGCCGUCGAAUAUCCUGAUUGACUCGGAAUACCGCAUCUUCCUGGGCCAGUUUGAGGCGCUCGAUACGUUAUUGCCACCUGUCAAAAUAGACGAUGUCGAAUCAUAUCAGUACGGAGCCCCGGAGCGCUGGGUGCGUGCCGCUACCGUUCAGGAUACCGGCCCGACUCGAACAGCUCUUCCAUCUGGUGGUCGCACGGGUCGACGACAGCCAUCAUCCCGCCCCGGAAGACUAAAUCUGUUCUCGAGAGGCUCGGGCUCUGAUGACGCGGUGGAUCGCUCGCAGAGUCCACGAGCCGAGUCAGUCACCUCCCACGGCACCGCCAUCCGCAUUGGGGGGCUGCCCGAUUCGCCGACCCGCUUCUCUUUCGCACUGUCUUCAUCGUCCUCCGGGUCCAGCGGAGGAAGUGCUCGCAAGCGCGUCGUCGCCUCAGUCAAGCGGCCUAUCUUAUACACUCCAUCCAUCACCUCGUCCAAUUCCUCCGGCUCCUCGGGUCGCUCCGCUCCUAUGGUCCUCGACCCAGCCCGACUCCCAGGCACUCGAUCGAAAACCGCCGUGGUGCAGACUUGGCAGUCACGACAGACAGACCCCGAGGCAUCGGACAUAUUCUCUCUCGGAGCCGUGAUCCUGGACAUCUUCACGCACCUUUGCAAGCGCAAGAUUGCCGCCUUCGCGCACCACCGGGGUGCAAAGAACAGGACCGCCGGGCGCGGAGGAGGCGUCGCGGACUGCUCGUUCCAUUUGGACCGCAAUAUCGGCCAGGUAAGUUCGUGGAUUGCCCUGCUGGAACACGACGCGGGGAAACGGAAGGAUCCCGUCUUCCGCGCCGUCCAGCCAAUGCUCGCCGUAGUGCGAAGCAUGCUGGACAAGGAACCGGGCAACCGGCCCUCAGCCACACGCGUGGAAAGCCGCUUCGUCGCCGCCCUGCGCCAGGUAGACGACUCGGUCGCUUUGCACUGCACGUCGAAGCUGCACCUCCACGCCGUCGAAGCAUCCAAGACGCAGGGCAUCCCGCAGCAGGAAUCCUCAAAAUCGGAGACUCCGGCCCCGGGCUCAACCCACCCCAAACUCACUGUCACACGGUGCCCUGCCCAACCAGCAGAGCAACCUACCGACUUUCCUCAUCCUUCGACACGAUCACCGGCUGUCUCGCGUCACCCUUUUCCGUCUCCAUCGGUAGCCACCUAUGCCGGUUACACAGAGUGGACAGACACCUACACGUACAGCGACGACGACGACUCCGACCAGGAAAGCAGUGAGUACACCGCUUCCUCUUCAUCGCUCAGGGUUCCCUGGCCAAUGCCGCCAGACGGCCCCUUGAGGCCGGCUCCCUCCCGGGAUUCUAUUCUAGGCUACGGAGUUGCAGUCACCGAUUGA